AUGGACCGCGCUGCAGUGCGAGCCCUAGGACAGUACAGACACUUCUUCUUCUCCACCAAAUCUGCAAAAUCGAAAUGUAAAUGGGGCAAGGGGAGCAGACCACCGGCCGGCGAGCCCGAGAUUCUUCUGACGACGGCGGGCAGGGAGAAGCGCCAGACUGUCGGCGAGGUGCACGAGAUCCGCGGCUGGACAGGGGGAAGGGCUGGAGCUGCGGCCGCGUGGGGCUGCCGGGGUGCCGAGCUGGUGCGGGGGAGGCCGGAGAUGCGCCAGGGGCGAGGCGGCGCUGGAGAGGCCAUGGCGGACCCGGAGAGGGCCGGCCAGGGGCGAGGCGGCGUCGGAAUCCGGGCUGGUGGAGGAGAGGGGAGCCGGAGAGGGGACGACGGCGCUGGAGUCAGGGACGGCGGCGCCGGAGUCGGUCGGCCAGGGCGGCGCUCCAGUCGGUCGGCCAUGGCGGCGCCGGAGAGGGCCGGCCAGGGGCAAGGCGGCGUCGGAAUCCGGGCUGGUGUAGGAGAGGGGAGCCGGAGAGGGGACGGCGGCGCUGGAGUCGGGGACGGCGGCGCUGGAGUCGGUCGGCCAGGGCGGCGCUCGAGAGGGUUUGCCAGGGCGAGCGAGGCGGAGCGGAGCGAGAGGGUCGGCCAGGGCGAGCGAGCGAUGGUCGUCUCCAAUACAGAGCAAUACAGAGGUCUGACCCUCUGA